AUGAACUGUGGAGAGCAUUCGUACAAUGAUGGAUUUGUCGACGUCUUUCUAAAAGAGUUACUUGGAUUACCUGAGAAGCACGAGGUUGAAUUUGGAAUUGAUCUAUUGCCUGAUACAGCUCCAGUUUUCCAGCUUUAUCUUAAUCAAUUUGUUGUGGUAUUUAUCGAUAAUAUCUUGAUCUACUCCAAGUUUGAAAUAGAGCAUGAUGAGCACUUGAGAGUAGUUCUACGUAUUCUCCACGAGAAAAAACUUUAUGCUAAAUUGAGUAAGUGUGAGUUCUGGCUUUACGAAGUGAUGUUUUUGGGUCAUGUGGUAUCAUCUGAGGGUAUCCGUGUUGAUCCAAAGAAAAUUGAAGCUAUUUUACAUUGGAAACAGCUUAAGAACGUCAAUUUAAUUCGGAGUUUCCUUGGACUAGCAGAAUAUUAUAAGAGGUUUUUGGAAGGGCUUUCCUUUAUUGUAGCUCCUAUGACCAAGCUAUUGAGGAAAAGUGAACAUUUCAAGUGGACUAAGAAGCAACCUGAUAGUUUUGAUAAGCUUAAGUCCGUGUUGACUCAAUCACCUAUUCUAAUCUAG